AUGCUCAGUAUCCUUGACCAUCUGAGAAAUCAUCAAUACCACGAACCCCCAAAGAGGUACCCUGCACGCUGUAAGUUCGCAUCACAGAGGGAGAAGACUCAUGUGUCCCUGAGCCUGGAGGUUCUGGAGGAACAUGUGGACCGUUAUGUCACCCGAAGGGGAAGCUGCCAGGUGCACAUGCCUGUGGGCUCCUGUGGCUUGUGGGAGCUGAAGCCACACGAUCUUAGAAUAAAUGACCUGGCUUUUCUUAAGGCCGGCACUUCAACAGAUGCCCACUCUCUUUUCUUCAACCUCACUAUCAACUCUCAGCCCAGACCUGGACUCCCAUGGGGGGAAGCCCAGGGCUCAGUGGAUGGAAAGCCUUUCCUUUGGUACGACUGUGACAGCAACAAGGGCACACCUCUGGGUCCCCUGGGGGAGAAGGUAAAGGCCAGCAGGACAUGGACACAAGUGACCCAGACACUGAGUGAAGUGGGAAGAGAGCUCAGGAUGGCCCUGUCUCGCAUCACACUGGACCAAAGCAUGACCAGGGGUCCCCGCAUCCUGCAGGCCACGCUGUCUUGUCAGUGUGAAGCACAGAGAGGCACUGGUGCAUGCUGGGAGUUCAGCCUCAAUGGACAGACGACCCUCCUCUUCGAUGCCAUGAAUGGGAAGUGGUCAGCCAUGGGUCCUGGAGCCAGCGGGGUCAAGGACGAGUUAGAGAACAACUCCGACUAUUUCAGGAGGAUCUCCACGGGAGACUGCAGUCAGUGGCUUGGAGAAUUCCUCCCGCACUGGGAGGGAAUGCUGGAGCCCACAGGUAACUGA